CGAAAUACUCACUCAGAUAUACAUGUUGAGUCUGUAGUCUACUUCUGCUCAAGCAAGCCUGUACAGUACGCUGUACCAAAGACCAGAAUUACUUACCGGUAGUUACGUAAUGGUCAUUUGAUCAGGUCAAUGAAUUAGGGGAAAUUAGCUUUGACUCCCCACGCAGUCAGACUAGGCUCGUCGCAGCCUCCAAAGCUGAAUCGCUUGACGCUCUCUUUUACACCUUCCUUUAUGCCGCUAUAGAAAACAGGAUGCACAACGACUACGAGGCAAUGUCUCGUAUUGUCAAAAGUAACUGCAUUGCUUCAUUCACAUUCCUGGUUUGGGAAACUCUGGUAACGUCCGGGGACGAAGUCGAAUACAUAUGGCCAAAACCAACACAGUCUUUUUUUAAGUGGCUGUACUUUUUUCUUCGUUAUUUCAACAUGCUCGCACAACUCUGGCAUCAAUUUGCAAUCCCACGUAUCAUUUCUGGACACAUCUCUAACCAAGUAUGCAAAGCUUGGUAUAUCUACACGAUCAUAAUCACGCAAGCAAUGGCCACAGCUGUAGAGAUCAUUCUGGCGACGCGAGUGUAUGCUCUGUAUAACAAAAGCCGUCGUGUAGGAGGCCUUUUGUACGCUUUGAUUUUGAUUGAAAUUAUCGCCAUGACCGCCAACAGCAUUCACACCAUCCCUAUCAUUGAACACGCUGUAAUCUGUGUCUUGGUUAAGCCUCCACAACAAAUUCUUUAUUACAGCAUAUCGGUGUUCACCACUCAGAGCGCCCUUAUGGGCCUUACCCUCAUUAAGCACUUUUUUGCCAUGCGUAAUGGCUGGGGAAGGACACCCCUUGUAUCACUUCUUAUGCGUGAUGGAAUAGCGGUCUAUCUUGUAAUGUUCGUAUUAAUUGCUUCAACCGUUAUCUAUUGCCUCUCGGGAAAUGAGCUCACUGUGAUUGUCUUCUUUUGGCUGCUAUCCUUGUUAUCAUCUACCGGCUGUCGUUUGAUAGUCAACAUGCAACGUCUUGCAACAAUGGCGGAACGGCACUCCACUUCCGGUGUUCAACUGUCUACUGAGAUUGCGCUAGACGUAUCGUGUCCCACUUUAGAAUGAUAACUUACAUUUGGUAUAUUGACGUGUUGUCAGUGUCCAGCUACGUCCAAUUUUGGAGGUUUCGCUGGGAUUUACUUGGUAGUCAUUGAUACUAUAAUUCAGCAGUAAUUUCCUGGAUCUAAUUUCAGUUCGAGGAUAUUC